AUGCCUGGAGACCUCACAAAUUAUUUAGCGGAACGCUACUUGGUAGCUGACCCAAAGCCCUCAAAGAAACGCAAGCGCAAGCAAGCCGGUGCCUCAAAUGGACUGCUCAUCACCGACGAUGACGACACAGCAUGGGGACAAUCGAAGUCUCGACAAGAUGACGACGCCGACGACGGCCCUAUCACAGUUUCUGGUACAUCGUCAGAGUUCAGAAAAGCCAAGAAGAGCGCCUGGAAAUCCGUAGCAGGCACUACCAAAUCACGGACGGACGAAAGCGAUGCAGCGGACGCCAUUAUUUCUGCCGCCGCCGCAGAGGCUGCCGCGUCCAGAGACGCAGACGACGAGAUGCCCGUCAUUGAAGAAAAUAUAAACGCCAUCAAGAUGAGCGACGGUACACAUGCCGGAUUACAAUCGGCCGCCGCUGUAUCGGCGCAAUUGAAACGAAGGCAACAAGAAGAACGCGACGAGUUUGAGCGACACCGCAAAACGCACAAGGAACAAGAAACCGUAUACCGAGACGCCACUGGUCGAAGAAUAGAUGUCUCUAUGCGUAGAGCAGAAGCGCGCCGAGCAGCUGCCGAAGCAGAAGAGAAGGAGAGACAGGCUAAAGAGGCCCUCAAGGGUGAUGUACAACUUGAAGAGGCUAGGAAGCGUAGAGAGCAACUGGAUGACGCUAAGCUCAUGUCGUUCGCGCGCAAGGCAGACGACGAGGAAAUCAACAAUGAGAUGAAGGAGGAGCAACGUUGGAACGACCCCAUGAUGCAAUUCAUGAGCGAGAAGCAAGUUGCAGACACAAAGAAGGGCUCGAAACGAAAACCCGUAUAUGCUGGCGCCGCGGCGCCAAACAGGUACGGUAUCAAGCCGGGAUACAGAUGGGACGGCGUCGAUAGAGGCAACGGCUUCGAGGCACAACGAUUUAAGGCUCUAAACCGGCGAGAGAUGAACAAGGGACUGAGCUACGAGUGGCAAAUGGACGAAUGA